CUCGGGGCUUGGCGAGGGCGGGAGGGACACAGAGCCGCGGUCCACGGGCGAGGACGGAGCGCCCGUCCGCGUUCGGGCACUCCGGCUCGUCCGGCCCGCUUAGUGUACAGGAAAGAGUUUCGCGUUCGGGCUCUGGCAGGGAUUAGCUUUGGUGUCACUUGGAACCCCUCCACCCCAAGAGUGAGGAGUGAGGCAGUGCUGAAAACUCUAUACGGGAGAAUUGACUCUUCAAAUUAAAGUUUGUUUUGUUUUGAUUUUUACAAUAUACAUUGUAUUUUAGGACUUUGCUAAAUGGCCCUCCUCCCCUUUUUUUGCGGGAGUUAGGAGUGAUAACUAUAAGUCACCUGAUUUAUGUGCAAAGCUCCUGCACUCUGGUUGUUUAAGAGUGGACGUUAUUGCCUUUUCUUGCUGUCUAGUAAUUCAGUCUUUUCUGCUAUGAAACAAGAAAAGAGGGAUGUAAAGGAAAACUGCUGCUUGUCCCUAAAUGAUAUCGCUAUAUCAGUACCCAAGAGGAGGAACAUUUUGAAAUUUAGGAAGGAACGGUGAACAUUUACUCUGUAAAUACCAGGGUGUGGAUUUUUUUUUAAGAUACAAAAUAUAGUAUUGUUACUUGUGUAUAAAUAUGUAUUUUUUUAAGGAGGGGACUUAAAAAACACAGUAGCAAGGCAAAGUUAUAUCCAAUUUAGUAAAAAAAAAAAAAGUUGAAUUAGAGCAUUUUCUAAGAUUUCCGCAAUGAUUUUACCUAUGGUCAGAUCUUUUUUACCAGUUACUGAUGGGGGCGAGUUGAAAUGGUGAAAAACAGAAGGCAGAUGGGUGAAAGCUUAUUGAUAGAAGCUGUAUGAUAGAAAAUCACCUGAUUAAUGGUUUAAUUAAUGGUUGGCUUUAGCAUAUCAUUGAUAUUAAACUGUUCAGUAUUUUCACUGCUGGCAUACUUAUUACUACUAGUUAAUUGAGUAUCUUUACCAUUUAAAACAGAGGAGAACCAGCCAGUUUAGUCCUGCCUUAGAUGGCCAAGCAUUGUUAACUUUUAUGAAGAUCACUUAGAAAUGGAUUACUAGCAGGCUGAGCUUUAUUCAUACUGAGGUGGUGUAAAGACAGUUAAUAAUGAGCCACUGGCUUUCCAUCCAGACAUUUUCCACUAUUCAGGAAAUGUCCAGUAAUCCAAACAGUGGUAACUGCAAAACAGCAUUACAGCCAGUGAGUGGUUUAACUUACCAGCUACUGUCACUACCCUUCACACAUAUUUGACCUAUGAUUCCACUUCAACUCAAAUUUUUGAGGGUUGUUUGCAUUUUAUUGUUGGUUUUGUGCAAAAUCUGAAUAUAGUAAUUUACUAACUAAUCAAGUUGUACCUUUUUCAUUUUACCAAAUAAGCAGUCUCUAGUGCAGAAAUGAUCAAAUGAGGGUUGCAUAUCCUCUAAAAACACAUAAUGAAACUUAAAAUAACAGAUGUUAACAAGUUACAAUUUCAUAUAUAUGUUGGUGGAAUAUGAUGCCUUGCUGAAUCCAAGAAGGGACUUGAAAGAAAAUAAUGCUAAAUAAUUCUAAAUUAUAAUAUUCAGAUUCCAUGUGUAAGUGUGUAUAAUUCAAUUCUAUUGAAAUUUAGAAUUUAAAAAAGUGAUUGUUUCAGAAUCAACAAGCUCUUCAACUGUUCUAUAUUUAUGCCCAUUUCACAACACAAUAUUAAGAAUCUAAAAUUUUACUUCUUCCUUUGCUAAUUUCCUCAUCAGUCAUCAUACUGUGUCAGCUCUUUCUUACCAAUCUCUUUCAUAUUUGGAAACUUCUCAUCAAUUCUUAGAGUUCAUACCUAAUCUGAGGUCUCAUCACGCUAACAAUCCAUGCACAAUACUGUAAAGCUCAUCUUCGUGUCUCCAAUCUGAACCCAACAUUGAAUCCACCCUCCCAGUACACCGUUUUCGUUAUAUCUGAGGUUUUAGUCAAAAAUCGUUGGUGUUUUUUAGUUAUCUUUAAGAUAAAAUCCAAAAUUCUCAACUGACUGCCCUAAUUCAGCACCUCUCUCUAUCUCCAGCUACCCCUAUGUCAGUUUCCUAUUGCUGUUGUAAUAAAUUGCCUUGGAUUUACCAGCUUAAAACAACAUAAAUUUACUAUUUUAUAGUUAUGUAGGUCAAAAGUUUCACUGGACUAAAACCAAAGUGUCACCAGGGCUGCAUUUCUUCUGGAAGCUCUAGGGGAGAAUCAGUUUCCCUGCUUUUCCACCUCCUACAGGGUACCUACAUUCCAUGGCUUGUGGCCCCUGUCUCCAUCUUCAAAACCAGAAGAGUUCUUCAGAUCUUUCUCUCUGACUCUGCUUAAUCGUCACAUCUCCUCUGACUCUGCCCUAUUGCCUGCCUCCCUAAGGAUCCCUCUGUGAUUACAAGGGGCCCACCAGAAUAAUCUCCUCAUUGCAAGAUUCUUAAUUUAAUUACAUAUGCCAAGGCCCUUGUGCCAACUAAGGUAACAUAUUUACAGGUUUCAGGAAUUAGGACGUGGACAUCUCUGGGAGACAGUUAUUCUGCCUACCACAACCCUUACACAUAAACUGCCUAUUACAGCCAAACCCAUAUCCUUAAUUUCUCCAUAACCCUCAUGCUCAUUUUGCCAUUGUAGAUAUGAUCUUGUUGUUUUCUGUGUCUAGAAAAUAACUCCACCCUUCCUUCCCACCACCCGCUGCCAUAUAAACAAAGUUUCUACAGCUUUCAAAGCUGGGUUUACAUCAGCACAACAAACUGUCCCCAUCCGAAUAAACUUCUCAUUAGAAUUAGAACUUCUUGUAUUAACUUCCUCUAACAUUUAGUAAAAUGAUUUGUCAAGAAAGAUGUUCUUCCUUAAGUCCAAAUAAAGUCUGUAUUGUUCUUUUAUGUAUGUCAAAGCCCCAGCAUAAACUGGUGGCACAUAUAAAGGAUUUAACUGAAGAAAAUUGCAUAAAGGGGAAGUUUACAGAGACCUUAAAGGAAUGAGAAAAGACUGUGGAACACUUAGACAAGCAACAGUGGGAACAAAGCACCUAAAGCAACAGUGAGAAGAAAAACCGUGACCAUUCCUAGCCCUGAAGAGGUGGCAGUGUUAUUAGUAGUUGACUGUGAACUCUAGCUAUCGUUGGUGGUGGUGGCAGGUGCUGUUGGACCAGAGUCGUGACCGUAAAUAGAGGAAUUUUGUUAGUGCCAAAAUUGAAGUCCAACAGGGAAGGGGUAAGGGAAAUAAAUAUCCAUCCCCAUACCUCCCACCCUCUAAUGUCUUGCCCAGCCCUCCCAUUGGCCAUGCCCAAAUGGAAGAUCCAACCUCCUAGAGAACAAAGGCCAAAACAGUUAAUAACCAGGAAUAAUUAGCACAACUUAAUGCUGAAACAUACUAUGUGUAAGGCCCUGUGCCAAGAACUUUGCAUUUAUUAUUUCAUUUUAAUCUAAAAUAAUAAAAGUAUGUAACUAUUAUCCAUAUUUCAGAAAAACAAAUCAAAGUACAGUACUAAGAGGUUAAUCUCAUUUGUCCAACAUUGCACAACUAGUAAAUGACAAAUUUACUCAAUUCAGAUCUCUGUCUUCAAAUUUCAUGUUCUGAAAUAAUAUGACAUACAGGCUGCCUAAAUAUAAGUCGAUUGCUCUCUUGCUCACCCCUCUAAAUGUGAAAUCCAAACGUAAUUGUCUAAAAGACUUGGAUAAAGACCUAAUUAGUGAUGAAAGUUAGUCUGUUAUCACCAUGAUUUUUAGAUGUAUGGUGAAAUUAGAUAAUACCUUACAUUAAGUGUAACUCAAAUAAGAUGACUACCUUUGGUUAUUAAGAAUAUAAAUAUAGAAUUACUCCUAAUUGAAUUAUAUCUCCUCCCUAGAAACAUUUUGGUUGGCCUAGAAAUACAUGUCCUCUUUUGUGACUUUUUUCACAAGCAAGAUUUCCUAUUCAAAACUAAGUCCAGUGAGGAGAUGGGAGCUUUUUGAAUAUAGGGAGGAAGUCAGCCAAAACACAGAAAUGACCUCGGAUGGCACACAAUGUAUUAUCCAGAAUUACUGAAGAUUGUGAAAAUUUUCUUAGUCAUCAUGAUGUCUAUAAAGGCAGCAAUGAAUUCAUAGGAUUUCUGUUUGUAUAGUAAAGAGGCAAUGAGGAUAACAAUUAUAUAUAUCUGCUAAACUAGUUUACCUACUUUUCUUCCCUGCUAUCAUGAUGCUAACUAGCUAUUUGGAAGCAUGAACUCUUGGGCCUCAGCUUAUCACUGUUGAUCUUACUUCAGUAGAUGGGUGCUCCUUUUACUUGUUUCUCCAACUCAACAAACUUCUCACUAGAUUUAGAACUUACCAAAUUUCCAUAUGCCUCUUAAAAUAUUUUAGUAGAAUAAAGUUGUUCAUGUUUAAAAUAUAUUCAUAAAAAUUGGGGACCAAAAUGCUAUUCUUUACCUGUACUUCUCUUCUGUUUUAUAAAAUACAAAAUAUUGUACUUGAAUUCAUGUUAAAAAACUGAGAUGAAAGAUAUUUUGGAAUUGUUGCUACAGUGCUAAAGUCAGAAUAGAUUGCCUAUUCAGAGCAGUCUAUGACUAGAGAAUUGUAUUCACUCUCAAAGCAGUACAGUAGAGUGUCAAGAGAUGCAAAUGACUGCACAUAUUCCUAUCCUCAAGAUUAUUGGGCUUCUUUCAGCUCCUGUAUGGUGCCAGCUCCUCUGAAGUCUCCUCGGGGUCUUUGGAUUAGUAGUCACUCUCACUGCUACUCAUUUUUAUGUCCCCACAUGAAUGUGAUUUCCAAAAGACACCCCCCCAGUAGACUGGACCCUCCCCCAGGGAAAUGUGUGCCCCAGCACCUUUGCUUCUAUAAUAUAAUGUAGCAUAUGAUAUUAUAAUUAAAUAUCUGAUUGUCUUCCCCACAUGCUAUAUGCUCUGUGAGGGCAGGGUUUUGUUUAUUAACUUUAGCACCUAGGAGUAAUACGCACUUGUUUAUUGAAUGAAUCAUAAAAAGAAUAGACUAUAGACAGACUCAUAAAAUGCUUCAGGGAUCAUAUUGUCCCCUUUAAUUAUAUCCCCCACCUGGAAUAUUUAUAUCUAAUUGAAUGAAAUACAUUAGCAAUUGAAAGAUGCCUCAUUAUUCUAUACACCACUAAGAAAGACAAGCCCCACCAAUCCAGUUAUUAUUGCUAGAUUAUUAGAUUCAUCCUAGUUCCAGAGGUAUUGAAAUAUGGGGAAAUGGGCAUCUGAAAAUUAUAAUCAAUAAUAUACAAUAUAGCUACAUGGCAAUUUUCUAUCACAUUUCUUGGGACUUUAAAAACUAUUGAUAUAUCAUAAGAUUUCAAAGAGCCUAAUGUCUGACAUCCCUUCUAGAUAGAAAGAUAUCAAUAUUGUUCCUCUGUUACUCUCUUCCAGAGCCAAGCAUAUAUCUGACUCGGGAUAAUUGUUCCUCUGGCACCAGCAGCCUCACCAGAUUUCCAAAACAGAGCUUCCUUUGAAUACUGUACCUUUAGAAGGAAGCCUCAGGAGAAACGUGAUAAUAAAAUAAUCAAAGAAUCUUCCAGUUACGCAUAAUUAAUGAUUCUACUUUUGGGAAACUCUUAGCUUUCUAUCCUCUUAUUGGUGAGCAAAGGACUAUAUGUAUAUGAAGGAGCCUAAUUUUAUUCUAACUUUUUUCUAUAAUUUAAAAGGAAGAUUAAAAAGUCAACAAAGUUUUAAAAGGAAAUUAAAAUGCAUACUCUGGUUAGUGUUAAGAAUUCACUUUAUGUGCAAAACAUUAAUUCUGUUUUAUCCCAACAGAAGAUCCCUCUAAAUGAGAUAAGUGAGAAAUCUGAAUUAAUAAAAAAAAUCAUUGUAAUUCAAAUAUCAAAAGGAAUGAAGACUUAUACUUUUUCUGUUAAUUAUAUGAGAUCUGAAAUAAAUGCAAAUUCUUAAAUUUGAAUAGAGCACCUAAAUCAUAUUAGAACAUCAAAUGGUUAAGAUAUUUUACAUUUUAUUAUAAAUCACGUACUCUUAACACAAAUUAAAUGUACUUUCAAAAUUAUUUUGUUAGCUACACUUUUAGUUUGCCAAAUACUAUAGUCUGAAAAUACAUGGGUAUUGGACUAUCCCUUAAAAAUAUUUGAGUUAUACAUUUUAUUGUAAUAUUUUUGGUAAAAUUAUCUUAUACCAUAUAGGGAUACAGGGAAAUAGAAACACACACUUUUGUUUAUAGGAUUUUAUUUGGUAAGAACUUUUGUAUUGUUUUGUGACAACUGCAAAUAAGCCUUUGAAUCACAGGAAAUUUAGAUAGUGAGUACAACAAGUUCCUUUAAAAACCCCGAAACUUUCCCUUUUACCUUUUACCCUUUUGCCUGUAUUAGCUGAAUAUCCUCCCAGUCAUCCACUUAUCUUUACUUGUGAAGGUCACAUGGGAGCCUUUGUACAAUCUGAGGUUUGUACAUUCUCUCUAAAUGAAUGAUCACAUAUAUCACUAGAUGUUCAUAAUCAGAGAUCUGGCUACUUAUUCUGUAAAGUUCACUUUCUAAACCAUGUAUAAUAAAAGUAAUUGUCUUUAUGCAUUACUUUAAAACACUUUAAGAACUUUUCCUCAGUUAAAAUGUAUUUAAAAUCACCGUUUUCUUAGCUAAGCAUAGAUAUCUCAAAAAUUGGAAUAGAUUUGUAGAAACUGGCCUUAAGAAUAAUUGUCCUUUUUAAUUUUAUUUUUUAUUAACAUUAUACAACAGAAUGUGAUUUCCUAAUUUUAGGAUGUCAGUGAUAGCCAAGUUAAAAACUCUGAGUUAAAGGAAAACUGAUAACCACUCAUUCUUUCAUAAAGUAAAUGUGAUUAUUUACUACUUCUUGUGCUGUGUUCCAAGAACACAAAGAUAAACAAGGAGCACCAGAGUCUGGAAGAGAUAAGAGAAGCAAUGAUGGGAGGGGUUUCUAAGGUGCUUUAAGCAGAGGAGGAAAAAGAUCAGGUUUGUGCUGCAAGAAAGUAAGUCUUGCAAAAAAAAAUAAAAUACGAGAUGGAAACAUGAAAAUUUAUACAUCCCCUACUAUUUUUAAGGGUCUCUGUGCUAAGCACAAAUUAUUCAAACAAGAUUUCUACCCUUCAGAACCCUCAAAUCCCUGCUAUUGUCAUACAAACUAUUUCUAACAUAUUAUUAUAAUAGGAAAGAUUGUAAUCCAAUUUGCCAAUGUGGCACAUGAACCAUUUCAUUCAGUAGGGCUGACCUAAGGUUUCCCUGGAAAGAAGGUGCUGAAAUAAAUAAAUGUACCUAACAGAUUAUCUGUCAGUCAACUGUUUCAAAUCAGUUAUGUUUCCAAGGCCAAAUAAUCAUGAUCAUGUUAAAGUGAACCUUUGUCUCUUGCUUUGUCUGAUCCAGAUUUUUAGCUUCAAGCCAGGCAUUCUUAGAGCACUACAAUGUAUCAAGUAGUAUAAUUUCCUUAGAACCUCAUAAGGACUGUCAAAUGAGAGAAGCAGGACAAAUAAUCUCAUUUACAAUAUAGAAUUUAAAACACUGGGGUUAAUGGAGGUUAGGGGAAAUGUCUCAAAAGAAGCAAAUUAAAAGCUUUUGGAGGUAACAAUAUUGACUCUUUUUUUCUUCUACAGAGAUUAGUAUAAAUGAGACAUUAUAGAAAAAAUAAAUAUAAUUAAAGUUAGUAAUUUAAAAAUUUCUAUUUGCAACAGAGCUAAACCAUGGCCUUUUCCUCAUGAUUCUGUUUAAUUUGGAAAAUAGUGAAAAUAUAACCAUAGCAGUUUUAAAACUACUAUUUUUAUUAUAAAUUAAGUGAACUACAGUCAACAAUGUAAGUGCCUUAAGAGGUAUCCAUAAUAAUGUUAAAGUAGCUGCCAUACUUUACAUUUGACCCACCUAGCUUAUCAUUCAUGAGUGCUUACUAGGUGCAAGGGACCUUUCAAGGGACAAUGAAGAGGUACAAGGAUGAAUCCAUCCAGAUUUCAAUAAGAAAGAAAAGAUAUGUAUUCCAAUUAAUAUAAUACAUGUUUUCAAGUUUGAGAUAACAUUUAAGCUGGCCCUUAAAGUAUGUAGGAUUUAUGGAAGCAGGGAUGAAAGGAAGUGACAUUUUAAAUAGCAAGAACAGUAUGAGCUAAGGCAGCAAGCUGAAAGUUCUUAAUAUGUAUAGAAAACAAAGGUUACACUCAAGGUGGAAUAUAGGGUGACCUGAGGGGUAGGUGGAAUAGUUUGUAAGGCUAGAGCACUGAGGUGUGAAUGCUAGGGAUUUGGGAUUUUAAUUAAUAGGGAAUAGAAACCCCCAAAUAAUUCCAAAUAAAAGUAUAAUGAUUGGUCUAGAAAUACUAAACCACAACACAUAAUCUGGGAGAAAAUAUCUGAUCACUGAUCAUUCAACAAUAAGCUCAAGUUACUAAUAAAUAAAAAACACAAGAGUUCCAACUCUUGCAGAUGUUUCAGAUCAAAUAGUAAUUCUAUGAUUUUGUAGUAUGUUCAAUCACGGAAGCACAAUGAUAUUUAAAAAGUCCAAAGUGGUUUGACUCAUGGCUUUAAAAAAAUGAUAAAAAAAUUAACCAUGGAAUUAAGAGUCAAUAUGAGUUUUCCACAGGCUUCGAAUGCAGAAACAAAUAUAUGUAUAUUUUUUUCUAAAGUCGAAAAGUAGAUCUUUCUCAAAGAUUUUAUGAUGACCUAGGCUGGGCAGAAGAAAAACUGAUGUGGAAAAGAAUAUAAUGAUUUUAAGAGGUGAUAAAAGAGCAGGGAAGGGACUAGUCCCUUUCAAAUCCUCCAGGUUGGUUUCUGAGCUGUGGGGUUUGGUUUAACUGUUAACAGUGACAGUUGAGGGAAGUGUGAGUAGAUAACUGCACAUAAUUUGCAGUUGCAGAGAUGAUUACAAGCAUCCAUAAUAUAUAAUAUGGUGGUAGUGGUAAUAGGAGAGGUAUGGAGUUAAGUAGGUCUGAAUUUGAAUGUAGUCCUGAUAUUGAAAACAUUUAACUUCCCCAUAAUUCAUUUUCUUCCAUAAAAUGAGUAUAACAAAUAUUUACCUUAUGGGGAGGAAAGUAUUUAUUGAUGAAUAUUCAAUAAGUGACAGCUCUUCAAUAAAAACCUUUUGCUCAGAUCCUACUGAGUGCCUACCGCUAUGAUUUUGUGGCUUUUAAUCUUUGGCAGACUAUGUAUGGAAAGAGAUGAAUUGGACUUAGAAAGGUGAUCAAGAGCACUUCAAAGACCCCAGCUCAAAAUUAUCUCUCUCCCUCUUUCUCUCUCUCACAUACACACACAUAUGUACACUUUCACUCUACCAAUUAGGAAUUUUGAGUUAACAAGAUCUUUUUAAAAAGAUACAGUGUCCUUUGGAAAGGCAAACCACCUUCGGGCUUCAGCGUGACCAGUUCUUUGCUUAGUGAAACGUUGCUGUGUUCUCUUGGAAUUGGAAGGCUGCAAAGUGAGUUAAGGAACUUUGUGAGGGCACUCAGUAUGAUUGGGAGGUGGGGAGGAAGAGGGAUGGAGGAAGGUAAAGAGAGAGACAAAAAAAAAAAAAAAAAAAAAAAAAAAGGUUCUACCUGGGACGGUUCUAAUUUGGACUUUCUGCUUGUAGAGGACCUUUCUGUACCUUGACAAUCUCUGAGAAAGAUAAUUGAGACUUCAGUUAAAAUUAUCAAGCUUGUGACAAAGUCAGAUUUCUUCCUUUCAUCCCUGCCUCACCCAUUCAGGGUGGUGAACUCAGCUUUCAAACUCACACAGGAUAAGAUAGGACAGAUAACUAGAAGAUUCGUGUGCAGGAUUCCUUGGCGCUCCACCCUAUCUUAACUUCCAAGAAAAUUUAUUUUUAUUUUCAUUUUUUUGCGAUUCAGCCGUCUUUUUAAGAGGCAAUCCCACUUCUCAACUUCCACUCCCCAAUAAAAAAUGUUAAGUUUUUAAAAUAAAUUCUGUACUACUUAAUCGGGUCAGUCACAGCCUCCCUCAACUUUUAGCUUAGCUUUGGCAGUGAAGACGGGGCCUUAAGCGACUGCGACCCAACCCCCACCCUAAACAUUUCACAGGCUACUGAGCGAGGGAAAGCUGAUAUUGCUUCGGAUUCUACGAUUCCCAGGACAUCAGGUCAAGCAACUGAGAAGUCCACCCAGGGGUAAAUUCCACACAUAGUUUCUUCUCUCUCUGGGGCCCGUGCUUUAACAUCUGGGUUAAUUAAAUCGUGCAGACACGGUAACUAAGUGCAGAAAACAGCUGGGCACGUUGCUCAGAGCCCAGACAGAACGUGACCCACAGUUCUUAAAAAAAAACUCUUCUGGAAAUACCAGCUCCAACAGGCUUGUAGCGUCUGAGUGCGGACAAGGCCGGAGCAAAACCGAGCACAGUUUGGACCUCUGGGAACAAAUCUGCACUUUUGAGAGCUCCUUUAACUUUUAGAUACAUUAUUAAUUUACCCAGAGGGAGGAGGAGCAGAGUGGCAACUGCAUCCAGCUAAAAAAAAAAUAUUUGCACUCACAUACUCCCCAGAGUUUUCACAAACAGGAUGGAAGAGAAAAGUUAGGAAGUUCAAGUUCAGCAUUAAAAUAGAGGACUUGUCACCAAAAAACCCGCGCACCUUCUCUAGAGUUUAUUCGUUCCCAGCGCCUUUCCGCUUAGUACGCCUGCGCGCGCGAAAACGGCGGCCCCUCCUCUCCGCUGGGGACGUACAACGUGCGUCGGGAGGCGGGGCGCGGCUUGCGCAUGCGCCGUCAUUGCGGCGGCUUUUUGCUCCGGUGCCGGCAGCGGGAACCGCGAAGGGUAAGGUGUUCGCUGCGGUAUCUCGGGACUCUGAGGAAGGAAGGGCUAGAGGGCUAGCGCGAGUGCUCCCCGUGGCCGCAUGAGUCGCAGCAGAAGUAUUUCCUUCCCCGCUUGGCAAGUGCCUGUAGAAACCGGGCCCCGCCCCCUUCCCGGCCUACAUUCCCUUCCUCCUUCGUGCCCCUUCCCAGGUGGGGACCCCUUUGGUCCUUCUUGUUCUGUCAGUGAGCCCCCGCCAAGGACAUGAAGCUUGUGAGGAAGGACAUUGAGAAGGACAAUGCGGGCCAGGUGACCCUGGUCCCGGAGGAGCCUGAGGACAUGUGGCACACUUACAAUCUGGUGCAGGUGGGCGACAGCUUGCGCGCCUCCACCAUCCGCAAGGUGCAGACAGAGUCCUCCACAGGCAGCGUGGGGAGCAACCGGGUGCGCACUACGCUCACUCUCUGCGUGGAAGCCAUCGACUUCGACUCUCAGGCCUGCCAGCUGCGGGUCAAGGGGACCAACAUCCAAGAGAAUGAGUAUGUCAAGAUGGGGGCUUACCACACCAUCGAGCUGGAGCCCAACCGCCAGUUUACCCUGGCCAAGAAACAGUGGGACAGUGUGGUUCUGGAGCGCAUCGAGCAGGCCUGUGACCCAGCCUGGAGCGCUGAUGUGGCGGCUGUGGUCAUGCAGGAAGGCCUCGCCCAUAUCUGCUUAGUCACUCCUAGCAUGACCCUCACUCGGGCCAAGGUGGAGGUGAACAUCCCUAGGAAACGGAAAGGCAACUGCUCCCAGCAUGACCGGGCCUUGGAGCGGUUCUAUGAACAGGUGGUCCAGGCCAUCCAGCGUCACAUACACUUUGAUAUUGUAAAGUGCAUCCUGGUGGCAAGCCCAGGAUUUGUGAGGGAGCAGUUCUGCGACUACAUGUUUCAACAAGCAGUGAAGACUGAUAACAAAGUGCUUCUGGAAAACCGGUCCAAAUUUCUUCAGGUACAUGCCUCCUCUGGACACAAGUACUCCCUGAAAGAGGCUCUUUGUGACCCUACUGUAGCUAGCCGCCUUUCAGACACUAAAGCUGCUGGGGAAGUAAAAGCCUUGGAUGACUUCUAUAAAAUGUUACAACAUGAACCUGACCGUGCUUUCUAUGGACUCAAGCAGGUGGAGAAGGCCAAUGAAGCCAUGGCAAUUGACACAUUGCUCAUCAGUGAUGAGCUCUUCAGGCACCAGGAUGUAGCCACACGGAGCCGGUAUGUGAGGCUGGUGGACAGUGUGAAAGAGAAUGCAGGCACGGUUAGGAUAUUCUCUAGUCUUCAUGUAUCUGGGGAACAGCUUAGCCAACUGACUGGGGUAGCUGCCAUUCUCCGAUUCCCUGUCCCUGAACUCUCUGACCAAGAGGAUGAUUCCAGUUCUGAAGAGGAUUAAUGACGGAAACUGAAAAUUGAGACAACCUGUGUCUCACUCCAUCAUUGUUACAGUACACUUCUCAGCACCCUUGUGACAGAAAGCUGCAAGAGUGGCACUUUUUGAUUGACACAGGGAUUUCUUAUGUAUUUGGCCACACUAGGUAUUUUGUCGUUGGCAGGACAUGUAUUCAAACUAAAAAAUAAAAGGAAAUAAUCUCUCUGUACUAACAUCCUUAUUAAUUAGAAUAAUUUUAUAUGGGAAUUAUGAGUUAUUUGUAGUACUUAGAACAAUGUGUAAUAAGAAUGCCUAUACAGUAUAUUGUUUGGGAUAGAUCAAAUCUCACACUGCGUGCUUUUAAAUACUUUUGCUUAGAAAGAGCUUUUUACUAUCUCAGUAUCCUCAGUUUACACUGCUUUAUUUUAAUUCUGCUUGGUGUUCUUACUUAAUAACCCUUUUCCUCCCCACUUCCCCCCACACUCCAUCUUUUCUUUUGGAUUUAAGUGUUUUUGCUAUUUUAAAUGAUAGCAAUUAGUAGAGUUGAAGACAAGUUUAAAAUAAUAUUUUUCUUAAGAGACUUGGUAAACUAAUGUUAAAAAUAAAUUCUUGGUGGUUUUUCAUUAGAAUUAGUCAUUUGCUUUAGAGGACCACUUAAUCAGUUAUUUUCAGAUAAUAAAGCUUUGAUUGCUACAGGUUCUCAAGAUAAUCUCUUUGAGGCCUUUUUAUUUUUAAAAUGAGACUAAGGUAUGUGAUUUGCCUGUUAUAUGGCUAAUUAGUGGCAAAGCUGGAGCAGUCCUCAAUCUGAACUUCAGUUCUUUGCACUGAAACAUUGCCACACUAUUUUUUGUUUAUUUAUUUUUGACUUGUCAAAGUUAUAUUUAAUACUAUCUUAUAUUUGUAUGUGGCAUUAGUCCGUGCUAUCAGAUUCUUAUUGGACUAUUUUAGGUGUUAAAAAGCCUGCUGAGAAAGUUUAAGUCACAUCACUAGUAUGUGGCAGCUGACUUGUAUGCCAAUAUUCUUUACUAUAACUAUGGAAUUUCUGCAAGUACCUUGGAGUUUAAAAUAUUCUUUUUAUUCACUAUUUUUGAUGUGCAUUUCUAAAAGGGUGGUAGCCUUAGGAAUGGAAUUGCACCUUGACCUUUUUUUACAAACCUCAAUUUAGCAAAAUUAUUAGGAAAGAUCUUAUAAAGAAUGAUCAUUCAUUUUGUAACUCCUGGAUCAGAAAUGGCUAUUCAAGUAGGGAUACUAAAGUUUUAGAACUUAUCUGUGUCAGUGGUCCUUCCUCAUGGUGUAAUAGAUUGGGGAUUUUUUAUAGACUUUCUAACUAGUUUGAACCUUUUUAUAUGUGGUUGGGAACUGACACUUCCAUAUAAUUUAAAAUUAUAUAUUUAUAUUUUUAUAUAUUUACUUCCUAAUCUAAAAAUAAUUCAGAUUGUCAUUUCAUUAUAAUUCCAUGAAUAACUUUAAAAUAUUAAAAGAUGUUAUUAAAUAAUUUAACAGGGAAUAUAGAAAUGAAGUCAUUUCAUUAUUUCAUUCAUCUAUUAGAUUCUUAAAAUUAGAACCUAAUAGAUAAUGAAUUAUAGUUUCAAUAAGAAUUUGGAGAUUUUUGGACAUGAGUUACUCAUAAUCUAUGCAUUACUGAAAUGAAGCCUAAUAAAUCUAACAAAUACAUUUUGGGUUAUUGGUUCUCAAGUUUAGCAGCAUGUUAGCCUCACCUUGGAAACUCUUAAAGCUCUCAAUACCCAGACUGCAGCCCAAACUAAAUGACCUUUCACCCCUAGAAAUGCUGUUUUUUUUUUUAAGGUAUCCAUUUGAUUCCAAUAGAUACCAAGGCUGAGAACCACUGAUUCAGAUCUUGCUAUUCAAACAUAUGGUCCAUGGACCACCAAUGUCCCUGAGAGGUUUUUAGAAACUAGAAUCCAGGGACCUACUGCAGACCUACUGAGUAAGAAUCUCCUUGUGCCAACAUCUCCAGGUGAUUG